AUGGCCGGCGACAGAGACUCGGCUCGCAGCAGAAUCGAACAACUAUGUCGUUCUGACAUGUCCGUCAGUGCAAAGUACGCAGAAUACCCAAGGAAGUCGCCAGGUGAAAUCGCAGAGGAGUUGUUCGGAUCACAUCACCUCUCAACGAUCAUUGCCAAACCGGCAAAUGAAGCAGGAACCACCACCCAGUCGAGGUUUGACUGGGCAAGAUCAUGCGGUCGAUUCCAAGGCACAGAUCCGAGCGAGUUGUUCUUGCAUGCGUUCCACGAUGCCCUUUCGUGCAUCGAUGAUGAUCCGCUCGCCAGUUGCGUCUCGCCUUCGCUAUGUGGUACGACGGGAUAUGUGCCUUUGACCAUCAUCGCUCCAUUGAAUGAUCAACUGCGACAUAUGUCGAACUUGAUUGUGCGUGCGAGGAAGGAAGUGCUGCUCGCCACAAACUUCUGGAAGUCCUCUGGAGCGAGCCAUUUCAUCAACGACGCGAUGAUCGAUCUGUCACGAAGAGCUGGGGCGCGAGGUGAGAGAAUUGUGUUCAAGUUGAUGUUCGACCGUGGGGCUUUGAAGCAGGUAUUCAACAAUCACCAGAAUGUUCCGCCGGCUGCGUGGCAGGCCACUGGGGUUGGUCUACCUGCGCCAGAGGAUAUCCCAAAUAUUGAUCUUGCGAUUGUGAAUUUCCAUCGGCCGCCUCUUGGGACCUUCCAUAGCAAGUUCAUGAUCGUUGAUCGACAGAUUGCAACUUGUUCCAGCCACAACAUCCAAGACAAUGACAAUUUGGAAAUGAUGUCACACCUUGAAGGUCCUAUCGUGGACAGCUUUUGGGAGACAUUUAUCAUAUCAUGGCACAACAACCUCGAGCCACCUCUGCCAUGUCGAAAUACACCGGCAACGAACGAAGUUGCUCCGACGCUGCAGGAAUCCUCGUUCCUCGAUCUUUUCGAGCCAGAUGGCAGAUUCCGCCUUCCGGAAAGACCAGCCCAAGAGAAACAUGCAGAGCACAUGUCAGGUUCGCCUCAUUACGAUGAUUCCUUGGCAGGCGAGAUUUAUCGCCUGCAAUCAGUACUCAAGCCAGAAGAUGCCUCCCUUCCAUACGUCGACACAAUCGCCAAGCACCUGAAUGCUCCCACGAAGAUCAACAUCAAAGCUACUGCGCCAGACAGGGCUGACAAGCUGAACUUCUUCCCUUUUAUCCCGCUGCCGAGCACAGAUCCUAUACCCAUGGCCGUGGUUUCCCGCAAACCAUACGCAAGUCUCAACACCGAUAGCCUUGUUGUUCCACAGAACGAAGCAUGGCUAAGUCUCAUUCGAAACGCAAAGCACGACAUCUUCAUACAGACACCAGACCUCAACGCAAAACCUCUUCUACCCGCCAUCAUAACCGCCUGCAAACGAGGUAUACCCGUAACAUACUACGUCUGUCUGGGUUACAACGAUGGCGGCGAGCUCCUACCUGGCCAGGGUGGGACGAAUGAGAUGGCUGCUCAUUAUUUAUACUCCCAGCUGCAACCUGAAGAUUGUCAGUUCCUCAAAGUACACUACUACGUUGCCGCGGAUCAGGAUCAUCCUAUCCAUAACAACUUCAAGCAAAGGAGCUGCCAUAUCAAACUCAUGAUUGUAGACCAAACAGUCGCUAUCCAGGGUAGCGGCAACCAGGAUACGCAAUCAUGGUUUCACUCGCAGGAGGUGAAUGUCAUGAUGGAUUCGCAGGCUGUGUGUAAGGCGUGGAGGGAAGGGAUCGAAAGAAAUCAGAAUACUGCGAUUUAUGGACGCGCCAAGGAAGAUGGAUGCUGGUAUGAUUCGAAUGGGAAGUUGGCCGACGGAAGCUUAGGGAACGAUGCUGGCCAUUUCUCGUGGGCGAAGGGCAUGAUAGGAACUUUGAAAAAAGCCAAGGGAGAUUAG